UAAUUUUUCCAUAGACCUGCUCCAUCUUAUAAACGUUUAUAAACUCUCUCUCAUUCGUUGUCUCCAGUGAAAAACCCUAGCGGCAGCUUUUAGAUCCCACACUUCUCUCCAGGAAAACUCCACCACCAGCCGCCAUGACAUUCAAGCGUAGGAACGGCGGCCGCAACAAGCAUGGCCGAGGACACGUCAAGUUCAUCCGCUGCUCCAACUGCGGCAAAUGCUGCCCUAAGGACAAAGCUAUCAAGAGGUUUCUUGUGAGAAACAUCGUCGAGCAAGCUGCUGUGAGAGACGUUCAGGAUUCCUGCGUUUACGAUGGAUAUGUACUUCCCAAACUGUAUGUGAAGAUGCAGUACUGCGUUUCAUGUGCCAUUCACUCCAGGGUUGUGAGGGUUCGCUCGCGCUCUGAGCGCAGGAAACGUGAGCCACCACAGCGCUUCCUCAGGCGCAGGGAUGAUUUGCCUAAGCCUGGACAGCCUGGACAGCCUGGUCAAGGAAUUCGUUCUGCAGGAGUUGGAACUGCUGCCAGAGCCUAAGAAUUGAAUUUUUUCUGUUUCAUGUUUUCUUAUGAAGUUGCUACUGGAAUUUUCUAAGGAAUAUUUUGAAAUUUCACUCUUUAAGUUGGACCUAUUAGAUUUAUUAAAGAUAUAUAUGUUUAAGAUCUUAAAAGUUUUUGGUUGAUGACGAUGCUUUUUGAAUGGCAUGGGCAUUUCAAUCUUUA